AAACUUGUAAUUUACACAACUAAAACUUAGAACAUUAGACUAUUUGGUAAACUACAUUACAGUCUCCGAAAAUAAUAACACAGAGACUUGAAUGCAUUAUUGACGUACACUUACAGUACAUAUCAAUUUUAAAAUGCCGUGUAAUUUGCGAGAGAAAGUGGGUAUCUCACGCUCCAAGCGUGAUAAGAAUAAUGAAAGAGAUAUACUGGCGCCUAAGCCAGUGCAUCCACGGGCAAUGCGUUAUCAUGGACUUCUGAGCAUGUCUACUGUGAGCCAGCAUCUGGUGUUUGAUGAAAAAUGGACACCAAGCUCACUCACAGAGCAAUUCAAAUCGGUAGCUGAGAUGUUAAAUCGCCGUAUUGUUUUCAAGGCACAUGAGUCAAAGGCUAAUCGCCAGCGCCUGGGGUUAGAAAGUAAGCGGCUAAAAAUACAAUGUACAGAUGGCCGCAUGAAGCUGCAGAAAAUCCUUUUCGGCGAUAAUGCGCAUAAGAUCCGUAACCUAUUAAUAAACUACAAGAGCAUGCAGCGCCUAUACCAGAAGAUGCCCAUCCAUCUGGUUGUGGACAAUAUCAAUCAGCGCACAUUUGUCUUGCGGAAGGAGCGUGAUCGCCUAGAAUCUCGUUUGGGACAGCUGAAGCAUGAAUACAGAGAACUCUUGCUGGACCGCGCUUGGCUUGAGAAUCGCAUAAAGUAUCAAAAUAUGUUUGUAAUGGAAGAAGAGUACAAGUCGAGGAUAUUCGCCAAGAAAAUUGAAAAUUCAAGUGUACGUUUGAAGGCUAUCAAGACCAUUAAUAACACGUAUAAGAAAAUGAUGCAGGUGCUCUUGCACGAUGAAAUCUUUUAUGAACCAAUUUUACACUCUCUGUGCGGCGACAUGGAAGAUCAGUCUAACUUUAUAAGACACAUACUCUACCUAGGAACACCGGCUAUUGCUAAAUUCAGAGAGCUCAGUGAGGAGUACAGGCAUCUGGAAGAUAAGUCUCGCAAAAACUUACAGGCUAAGCUACAGAUAUUAGCUUCAUUGUCAAAGCCUCAAAACCAGUCUGGUGGACCUGAAGUUAGGGCUAAGGAUGAGUUGCCACCAUCCACAGAUCUGAUGCGUUAUGUGCGUGAGACGCAAAGCAUGUUGACACUCAAGCAGGAAUUGGAGUCAAUCCAGAAGACAAUCAAGGAAGUGAAGUUGACUGCACUUUGCUCGCAAGCUAGGGAAAUAUACCCAAGCAUGAGGAAUCAGGUGCACGAAAAUGAAAAGUUGCAUCGGGCCAUUGAGAAUGAUUUGAUAGCCCGUGGAAUGCUUGAGAUGAAAAAGAAAUGUGCUACCGUACUUAAAGGCGUUUUGGUCGACAAUCUAUCUGAGGAAGAGAUUAAUCGUCUGGAACGUAUAAAGGACUUGAGAAAAAUCCUUAAGAAGGAUGAAGAAUUUGAGCUAGAAUCGUUGGAAUACAUGAAGAAUCGUGCGGAUGCAUUUGUAAUGAUGCGGGUUAGCAUUUGGAAUCUGAUUGAUAUUCUUCGCCACAUUGAUCGCCCGCCACGAAGCUUCCGUUCAGUUUACCCGAACUCUUAUUUGAAGCUCCCAUUGCUUAAAUUCGAGAUGUUAAAUAUGUUUUCAGUGCCGCCAGAGCUAUAUGAAGAGAACAUCGAUAGCAUAAUGCAUUUGCUAAAGCGCAAAAUCUACAAGGUGGUUAAGGCCUACAAAAAGGACACCGAUAAACAGACCCUAAAACUCAAUUGCGAUAAAUAUCAUCAAGAUUACCUGGCUACAAUUGCUGAGCAAGAAAUAUUUGACGAAGAUGAUCAACAGGCAGCUGUGCGCGAGGAGGAUCUAUUACAUGACAAGACGAUGUCUGGCAUACCAAACCGCAAGCAGAUAAAAGCUCAGAGUGCAAAGCUUAUCGAGGAGCAAGCUAAGAAAGAAGAGUAAGCCUAGACAUCGGAUUAUGUUUGUGUUUCUAAGUACAGUAUAUGAUUUAGCUGGAAUAUACUUUAUACUUUUGCUAAAUACAUUAUUAU